AUGGAGCAAAGGAAUGAAACUUCUGGAUUCAUCCUGCAGGGGAUCUUCAACCAAGCAGGACACGAAAGCCUCAUCUUCUCCAUCCUGCUUUUCAUGUAUCUGCUGAGUCUACAGGGCAACCUGCUGAUUGUCCUUCUGAUCCGCUGCGAUGCUCAUCUCCUCCACACACCCAUGUAUUUCUUCCUCAGCUACCUCGCUUUGGCCGAUGUGGGUUUUGCGUCAUGCACCGUCCCCCAAACGUUACACAAUCUGGUUUCCAGGGACAAGACGAUCUCUUAUCGCAGGUGCUUGUCUCAGAUGUUCUUUUUUUUGGGUUUUGGAAGCAGUGACAACUUCCUGCUUGCCGCCAUGGCCUACGACCGCUACAUGGCUAUCUGCCACCCACUACAUUACACUGCCUUGAUGAACACCAAGCGUUGCCUCUUGAUGGUCUCUGGCUGUUGGCUCCUGGCCUUUCUACACUCCACGAUGUACACGGUGAUGUUUUCCCGUCUCUCCUUCUGUGCAUCCCGGGAGAUCCCCCAUUUCUUCUGUGAUGUCUAUCCAGUCUUAGGACUCUCCUGCUCGGACACCACUCCCCUAAGCAUGCUGGUAAUGACGGAAGGUAUGUUAGACAUUAUGGGACCCUUUCUCCUCAUCGUGGUCUCCUACGCACGCAUCUUCUACACUGUAAUGAGGACUCCAUCUUCAAGCAGCAAACGCAAGGCCUUCUCCACAUGUGGUUCUCACCUGACUGUGGUUAUCUUAUUCUAUGGCACCCUGAUCUGGGUCUAUUUGCUGCCUUCCUCUGGGAACAAGACCCUGGCUUCUCUCAUGUUCACCGUGGUUGCCCCGAUGCUGAACCCCUACAUCUACAGUCUGAGGAACAAGGAGAUGAAGGGGGGCCUGAGGAGACUCGUUGGCCGAAUGCAAGUCUCCCUAGAGCAGGGGUCCUAG